AUGGCUCUGUGGCUCGUCCAGGGAUACCUGCUUCUGAGUCUCAUCAACUCGUCUCUGCAAGGAGGAGUUCCUGGAGGAAAUGGGGGUCAAGGAACACUAGGACGUCUCUUUCUUCCAAGUAGUUACUUCCGAGGUUAUGGAGUACCUAGCCAAGUUCCAAGGUCACCAUAUCCUUACAAGUCUGCUCCUGGAGCUGGGACUCUAGGUGCUGGAGGAGUUCCAGGUGCUGUUGUCCCAGGUGUAUAUCCAGGCUAUCAGGGUGCAAGGAGUCAUGGGCUUGGAGUACUUCCUGGAGUACCAACUGGAACUGGUUUGAAAGCCAAACCAAAUGCUGGUGGUCAAUAUGGAUAUCCAACAGGUUAUGGUAGCUUUGGAGUAGGAGUGCCUGUUGGCUAUCCAGUUCUUUCACCUAAACUUCCAGGUGGCUAUGGAAUUCCAUAUAGUGCAGCUGGAUAUGCAGCUGCCAAAGCUGCUAAAUAUGGAGCAGAAAAAUUAAGAUCAUCUGUUACUUUUGUCGAAAAGAUAGAUGAUUGUACAUCUCCUGUGCUGAUAUUCCAGGUGGUGUUCCAGGAGCAGUUCCGGGGGGUUCAGCUGGAGGCACUGUUCCAGGUGGCGUUCCAGGGGGUGUUCCAGGAGGUGUCCCUGGUGGAUAUGCAGGAGCCAAAGCUGCAAAAUAUGGAGAUGGUUAUGCAGCAGCCAAAGCAGCGAAAUACGCAGGUGCUGUUCCAGGAGGAUAUACUGGACUUGCAGCUGGAGGUGUUCCAGGGGGUGUUCCAGGAGGAUAUACUGGACUUGCAGCUGGAGGUGUUCCAGGGGGUGUUCCAGGAGGUCUUGCAGCUGGAGGUGUUCCAGGUGCUGUUCCAGGAGGAUAUUCUGGACUUGCAGCUGGUGGCGUUCCAGGAGGUGUUCCAGGAGGUCUUGCUGCUGGAGGUGUUCCAGGGGGUGUUCCAGGGGGUGUCCCAGGAGGAUAUUCUGGACUUGCAGCUGGAGGUGUUCCAGGGGGUGUUCCAGGAGGUGUUCCAGGUGCUGUUCCAGGAGGAUAUACUGGACUUGCAGCCGGUGGCGUUCCAGGAGGCGUUCCAGGGGGUGUCCCAGGAGGAUAUUCUGGACUUGCAGCUGGAGGUGUUCCAGGGGGUGUUCCAGGAGGUGUUCCAGGAGGAUAUGCAGCAGCCAAAGCAGCUAAAUAUGCAGGUGCUGUUCCAGGAGGGUAUUCUGGGCUUGCAGCUGGAGGUGUUCCAGGAGGUGUUCCAGGUGGUGUUCCAGGAGGAUAUACUGGACUUGCAGCUGGAGGUGUUCCAGGAGGUGUUCCAGGUGGAUAUGCUGCAGCCAAAGCAGCUAAAUAUGAGGUGUUCCGGGAGGUGUUCCGGGAGGAUAUCCUGGACUUGCAGCAGGAGGUGUUCCGGGAGGAUAUCCUGGACUUGCAGCAGGAGGUGUUCCGGGAGGAUAUCCUGGACUUGCAGCUGGAGGUGUUCAGCAGGAGGUGUUCCGGGAGGAUAUCCUGCUGGAUAUGCGGCAGCCAAAGCAGCUAAAUAUGCAGGCUCUGUCCCAGGAGGGGGUUCUGGGAUUGUUGCUGGCGGUGUUCCGGGAGGUGUUCCGGGAGGUGUUCCAGGGGCUGUUCCAGGGGCUGUUUCGGGAGGAGUUCCAGGAGGAGUUCCUGGUGGAUAUGCAGCAUCUAAAGCAGCUAAAUAUGGAGGUGGUGUUCCAGGAGGGGCUCCAGCACUUCCACUUGCAGCUGGUCUAGGGGGUCUUCCAGGGGGUGUUUCAGGAGGUCUCGCUGGUGGAUAUGCGGCGGCCAAAGCAGCUAAAUAUGGAGGGGCUGUGCCAGGAGCUGGUGGUGUACCUGGAGGCUAUGCUGGUGGUGUACCUGGAGGCUAUGCUGGUGGUGUACCUGGAGGCUAUGCUGGUGGUGUACCUGGAGGCUAUCCAGGGGGUGUACCUGGUGCUGGAUACGGAGGCCUCCCAGCUGGCUAUGCAGCAGCUAAAGCUGCAAAAUAUGCAGGGGCUGUGCCAGGUGGAGUUCCUGGUGGUGUACCUGGAGGCUAUCCAAGGGGUGUACCUGGAGGCUAUCCAAGGGGUGUACCUGGAGGCUAUCCAAGGGGUGUACCUGGAGGCUAUCUAGGAGGUGUACCUGGAGGCUAUCCAGGGGGUGUACCUGGAGCUGCAUAUGGAGGCCUUCCAGGUGGUUAUGCAGCAGCCAAAGCUGCAAAAUAUGCAGGGGCUGUGCCAGGAGGAGUUCAAAGGGGUGUACCUGGAGGCUAUCCAGGGGGUGUACCUGGAGCUGCAUACGGAGGCCUUCCAGGGGCUGUGCCAGGAGGAGUUCCUGGAGGUGUACCUGGAGGCUAUCCAGGGGGUGUACCUGGAGCUGGAUAUGGAGGCCUUCCAGCUGGCUAUGCAGCAGCUAAAGCCGCAAAAUAUGCAGGGGCUGUGCCAGGAGGAGUUCCUGGUGGUGUACCUGGAGGCUAUCCAGGUGGUGUACCUGGAGCUGCAUCCGGAGGCCUUCCAGGUGCUGUGCCAGGAGGUGUACCUGGAGGCUAUCCAGGGGGUGUACCUGGAGCUGGAUAUGGAGGGCUUCCAGGUGGUGCAUACAGGUCUGCAAAAGCUGCUAAAUAUGGAGGUGGUCCUGGAGGAACUGGACUUGGAGGACUUCCAGGGGGUUUAUUUGGAGGUGUUCCAGGUGGAUAUGCUGCAGCUAAAGCUGCCAAAUAUGCAGGGGGAGUACCAGGAGGCAUUCUCGGAGCAUUAACUGGAGGCUAUCCUGGAGGCGUACCUGGAGGUGUUUCAACACGUCUUCCAGGUGGAUAUGCAGCAGCUAAAGCUGCUAAAUAUAGAGGUGCGGGAGGGGCUUUAUCUGGCGGCUUUCCAGGAGGCUUAUCAGGUGGAGCUGCCGGGGCUAGAGCUGCUGCGGCUAAAGCUGCAAAAUUUGCAGGUGUGCCAGGGGCAGUUCCAAGCACUGGACUAGGAGGUCAACUAGGAGGUCAACUAGGAGUUAUACCAGGUGGAGCAGGUGCAGCCAAAGCAGCUAAAUAUGGAGGUGGCCCAGGAGCUGUGCCUGGCGUUCAGCCAGGAGUUAUACCUGGAGUUCAAACUGGAUCAGUAGCAGGUAUCCCAGGUGAUUUAGCAGGCAGUUAUGCCGCAGCUAAAGCAGCUAAAUAUGGAGCCGGUGGGAUGGGCUUGCAGCCUGGCGGAGGAGUAGGUGUACAGCCUGGCGGAGGAGUCGGUGUACAGCCGGGCCUUGGAUUGGGUGUAACUGGAGUUCGACCCAGCAGUGCUCCUCUGACUCCCCAACCAGGUGGAGUGCAGCCAGAUUUUGGUAGUAAAGCAGCCAAGCAAGGGCUUGGACAAAGAGGUGCUGGUGGAUUCCUACCCUAUUAUCAACCUGCAGGAGUCAGAGCUGGAUAUGGAGAUGGAACUGGACAAUUGGGGUACCUACAGGCUGCAGGCUCCCCUUGUGCAAUGGGCAAAUACUGUGGCAGAAGGAGAAAAUAAUCAAAUAUUGGGAAAAGAAGUGACCUCAAGAAUUCUGGUGCUACUGCCUGAUUUGGAAUGUAAAGGAUGGUGUGUCAUGGAACUCCUCAGCUCCAUCCCUUUCCCUCAGAUACACCUUUCAACCCCCAUUUCAUCUACAUGUGUUAUCAAUAUCUAAUGGAUUUUUUUUUUAUCAAGGAAACUCUAAAAUAUGUUGUGUGCUUCAAGAGUUUAGGGACCAGUUUACAGCUGAGUCUUUUGCUGUUAAUCUCAGUAUUAGUUAACACCAUCCUUGACUUGAUUUGUUUUAUUUUGUGACAAUGUCUCCAGUAUUAUUAAAUUAUAAAAAUGGUGUUAUUAAUUUUCAGUUGCUUGGGCUUUGCUUGACAAAAUGUACUGUGAGCAAUGCCUGGAUUAUAUAGCUGGGUAGUAGCUCCAUCCACCCCUACCAUAAUAUUUGGUGCUAAACAUCAUUUUUUUAGAGUGGCAGCUGUAUUCAUACAAAUGAUGGCUCAACUGAUGCUGGGACCUGAAGUGACCAAUGCAACUUUCACAUAUUAUAGUUCUAAAUGUUUGUGCACAUGGCUGCCAGGACUUUGCACAUGGAGGCCAAAUUACCUUCCUGGCCAGAAUAUUCCUGGAGAGAUUGAUAUGAUUUUUAAAGUUUAUUUUAAGUUUAUGCAAGCUGAGAGACAUUAGGACAGAUUUUCCUUGUCUUCCACUCAAGGCUUCUGAUGUUCAUAUGCACAGAAAACAAGUGCCAGCUAUAUUUCAGGUGUGUGUAUCUCCCCGUCUGAUUUUCCUGUAUCCAUUGCACAUACAUGACUCAAUAGCCCUAGGCUCAGGAAAAUCUGCCCCAGAGUAAUAAAACAUGAAUAACUUCACCAUAGGCAUGGUGUGGCAAGACGUUUACUACCUCCAGGAUUAGGAUUGUUGAAUGAGCUCCAUACGUUUCAACAAUCCGAUUACCUCCACAGCUAGUUUUAACUAAGAUUUUUAUAUUAUUGAUGUCCUCUUAGAAUUCUUCCAACGGAGUUAAUUGCAUAACAUGUAUCCAGGUGACUUUUAUUUUGAAUUUGAAUAAUUUUCCUAAUCCAUUCCAGUUUAUAAAUUUUCCCUGGAUUAGAAAUACAACUUAAUUGUCUUGCUGUUAAAAGAUUGAUCACUGUACAUGGUGUUGUGAAUCCCUGUGGCACUACAUUGUAUCUUGGGCAUCAUCUUUGUGAACAACUAUUUAAAAAUGAGAGGUUAUUUGAACAGAAUCAUAUGCAAUUAUUGAAUUGCAUGCAAAUUCAAGCUGUCUGACGUGAAAAUGCAGAAGCCCACCAAAGCCACAAUUGUUAAAUCUAUUAUACCUUCCAGUUUCUGAUCCUUUCCUGUGAUUCCACUUUCUUGGACUCUAUUUUUCUGUUUUAAUUCUGUUUCUGGUGGAAAAUAUGAUUUUCAAUUUUCUUGAAAAUAGUGCGGAGAGCAUCUUAAGUGUUCAUAGAAGCAAAUGCUGAACAGUUUCUACUUUUAUUGCAACUCACCACUUUGUCCUGCAACUCUUUUAAUAAAUGAGAUUGCUUGAAAUUAUGCUGUCAUAUGUAAUACUUUACAUCAGUUCUGUUGUAAUAAACAUUGUAGUAGAACUUGAGCCCCAACAUUAAUGUAUUGCUUCAGAUUUGGUGUAAUGACCAUCCGCUGUAAACUCUGUGACUCAAAUACAGGAUGGAUAAUAAUUCAGUACUUGCUUUUAAAAUAAACAAAAUUGUUUACUUUAA